CUGGAUUUCGAAAUGAAAAUAAUAAUUUGGAUAAAUUAAUUCAAUAUUAUGAUGAAAUGAUUCGAGAUAAUGUAAAACCUAAUCUAUCAACUUAUAACAUAAUGAUCAAAACUUUAUGUAAAAGAGAUCUUGAAAUUCAAACUAAAUUAUAUCGUUUAAAAAAAAGAGCAAAUAUUGGUGUUAAUUUGAAAGCAAUUGAAUCUCUUGAAAAAGAAAAUUGUAUCGAUUUGGCUUUUCAACUUUUUAAAAAAAGUAUAGAUAUUCAUGGUUAUUAUUAUGAAGCUGAUUUAUGUGAUGCUUUAUUACGUUCUCUUGCUCCUUAUGGUAGAAUAGAAGAAGGUUUAACAGUAUUUGAAUAUAUGGAAAAUCGUGACAUAAUAUCUCCUUAUACUUUUGGUUAUUUAAUAUCAAUGUAUAGUCAUGUUGGUGAUAUAGAAAGUGCUAUAGAAUGUUUUAAAGAAUAUAAAAAACUUGCUCCAAAUUUUACUGGAAAACAUGAACCAUUAGCCGUAUAUAAUCAAAUGAUUUCCGCUUAUGUUCGUUGUAAUAAUGUAAAAGGUGCUAUUGAAAUUUUAGAAAAAGACGUUCCUGAGAUUGGUCUUGUACCUGAUGAAUGGAGUUAUUUUUACCUUAUUAGAGAUUUAUGUGAUAGUAAUAAGACUGAAAUAGCUCAAGAAUGGUUUGAUAAGAUGAAAAAUGUUGAUUCAAUACCAAAUCCAUUUAAUUUGAUUUACGAUACUAUGUUGAUGCAAUAUUCUUUAAUUGGUGAUUAUUCAAAUGCUUCAAAAAUUUAUCAAGAAAUGAAAGACAUAAAUUUAUGUCCUCGAUAUUCGGAAAUGUCUUUAUAUUUACAUUUAACUCUCAAACAUAAUCCUGAUAGAGUUUUAGAUCUUUUGGAUGAUAUGUAUAAAGGUUAUCUAGUUACUGAUCUCAAUUUAACAAAAAGUAUUAUGAAUCAUUUCGUUCAAGUUCAAAAACCGGAAAAAGCUCUUACCGCUCUUAUCAAGAUUAAAGCUCUUACUGAUCAUCAUACAAAUAGUUCAUCGAAUAGGUCGAAUAGUCCAACAAUGUCUUUGGAUGAUUAUAUCAUAACAUUAUUGAAUGAUCCUUAUCUUUCACUUAAAGGCGUUAUUGAUGGAAAAUUUCAACUUUUAGAUUAUGGAUAUUCUAAAAUACUAAAUUUCAAUAAGGCUAUAUUCAUGAAAUAUGACAAGAUUAAAAACAAUGGCGAUAUAGUAUCAAGUUUGAAAGAACUUGAUGGUCAACAUAUAUUUGGGCUCUUUGAUAAUGCAACUUCUUUAUAUAAUUUACAUAUCGCAAAAGAUGAAUUUAACGCAAGAGUAUUUGAACUUGUAGAAGAUUUAAAAUUGUGUGAAAUUACAUUACCAUAUAGGACCUUUACAAAAGUUCAUCAUCAUUAUAUGGAAGCAGGAGAUCUCGAAGGUGCUGAAAAAUGGAAAGAAAUAGCAUCAGCAGUUUUAACCACUAAAGAUUCUAUUAUCAAAGAAUCUUCACAAAAAUUGCUUCGUCAACCUACUAUCGAAGAAAUUAAUCGAUCUUCAGAAAUAUCACAAUUAUGUAAAACUCAUGAACUUAAUCCAGUUCUUUUGUUAAGUGAAUUUCAUAAAAUGCUUAAAGAAGAUUUAAUACCUACACCUGAACUAGUUAGUCAAGCAAUUAGAAAUUUAGGUAAAAGUAAGAAUGUAAAAGAAGCUGAAGAAUUAUAUCAACUUUCAUUAGAAUUCUUUAAAAAAUUGGACCCAUCAGUAUGUACAAACGGAUUAAAUUGGGCACGUAAUAGUAUGCUUAUAGCAUAUGCUAGUAAUGGUCAAUUGGAUAAGGCGUAUCAAAUUUACAAUGAAAUUUUUGCACUUGGGUAUCAACCAGAUGCUAAUGCAUAUGCGGAUCUUUUGGUUGCCGAAAGUAAUAGAAAUCCUGAUGAAGCUGCAACAGCUAUAAAAUUAUACGAUGAAAUAAAACGUUACAAUAUAAAACCAACGCUUUAUUUCUAUAAUGUAUUAAUUAGUAAACUUGGAAAGGCUCGAAAGUAUGAUGCGGUUUGGGAAGCAUUCAAAGAUAUGAAAAGACGUAGAAUUCAACCGAAUUCUAUUACUUAUGGCGCAUUAAUCACAGCUUGUACUCGUGUGAAAUCGGAGGACAAAGCUCUAAUGGUAUUAAGAGAAAUGGAACAAUCAAAAUCUUUUCAACCACGAAUUGGACCUUAUAAUACAUUAAUGCAAUUUUAUACAUGGGAUCUUCAUGAUAGAGAAAAAGCUCUUAAAUAUUUUGGGGAAAUUAAUCGACACAAUUUAAGACCUUCUGAUCAUACAUACAAGUUAUUGAUUGAUGCAUAUUCUACUAUUGAACCUUAUGAUAUGAAAUCGGCUUUAAAUGUGUUUGAACAAAUGAAACGAGAUGGUGUUAUGCCACAACCAACACAUUAUGCAUCCCUUAUUUAUGCUUAUGGAUGUUGUCAUCGAGAUGUACAGAAUGCACUUCAAACAUUUAAUACCAUGCAAAAUGCAUUCAAUAUUCGACCGGAUCAAAGUGCGUAUCAAGCAUUAUUUGAUGCUCUAAUUGCCAAUGAUCGUAUCGUAGAAGCUGAAGAGUAUUAUGAUGUUAUGUUAAUGCAAGGUGAUGUCAAAUCUACAGCAUAUAUUGAGAAUUUGUUUAUUCGAGGAUAUGGGCAAUUAGGGCAAUGGGAACGUGCUGAAACAGUGUUUAAUAAUAUGAAAGAUUCUGAUGAUUUAGAUAGUGAAAGUGUACCAAGGGAACCAAGUACGUACGAAGAGAUGGUAAAAGCAUAUGUUAUCAAUGGACAAAUUGAAAAAGCUAAAGAAGUUGCAAAUAUACUGGAACAUAAAAAUUUUCCGGAAAUUGUUAAAAAUAAUAUAGCAAAUUUAUUACAUUAA